AAGAUGGCUACUUCCACGGACUUAAGCAAAAUUGCUGCACUCUCUAAAGCAGAUUACCUUAAACGGUAUUUAUCAAGUGAAGAAGCUGGCAAGAAGUCUAAAGAAAAGAAGCUUAAGAAGAAACGGCCGAAAGCCACGGGGAGAGGGAUGAAAAUUGUGGAUGACGACAUUGAUUGGAGGCAGCUGGCAGCUCAGGAUGAAGAAGAAAAAGAAGACGAAGAAGAUGAGGCGCCUGUGGUGUGUAAAAAGAUCCCCAGGAAACCCAGGACUCUGCAUCAGAUAAAAGGUAUAAAGAAACUAUCCUUCCGCUUUAGUUCUUAUUCUUUUUAAAAUCAUUACUGUAUAGAGAGUGUAGUAAAUGUUCCUUUGUUUAGCUCGGACACUGACAGAGGUUAUAGAGUUCGACAUGACUCGCCAGAGACUUCUCCUGUACGGAGCGUGCGGCACGAUUCCCCUGACCUCUCUCCUAAGAGGGCUCGACACGUCUCACCGGAUCUCUCACCCCAGAGAAGAGGCCGUCAUGACUCACCAGAUCUUUCACCUCAGAGACACCGAGCCGAGAACAAAAACAGACGGCAUGAUUCCUUACCACCUUCCCCUCCAAGAAAGAGCCACAAGAGCUCACCCUCUAAACCUCAAAGGCUGCAUGAUAAAGAGUCUCCGCACAGAAAAAAGACAAAAGCUGCCGCCUCAGAUGACCUUUCGCUCCCUAGGAGACGAGUACAAACAGGCAAAGGCUCAGACUCCGACCAGUCCCCACCGCGCAGACGUCCUCGUGGAGGACGGGGCUCAGACUUGGAUCUGUCUCCACCCAGAAAGAGAGGCCAGGGUGGAAGAGGUUCAGAUUCAGGUCUCUCUCCUCCCAGGAAGAGGCCACAGGGGGGACGUGGGUCGGAUUCAGACCUGUCUCCACCACGGAGGACACGCUCUCCUGAUGAACAGGCAGCCCCUCGAAUGCUGUCUGGUGGAGCUGCAGGGCUCGUCUCUGUUGACAUUUUGAGGAAAGAACAGGAAGAAAUUCGCAAAAAGGAAAAGCGCAACCAGCCUCUUGAAGAGGCAUCAAGAAAUGCAGAGACAACAUUUCGAGACAAGUCGGGUAGGACACGCAACCUGGAGUCAGAGAGAGUUGAGCUUGGCAAGAAAGCAGAAGAAAAAGCAGAGAAGGAUGAAAAAUAUGCACAAUGGGGAAAAGGGCUUGCUCAGGGUGAAAUGCAGCAACAGAACUUGACAGAUGCCAUGCGGGAGGCUCAGAAGCCACUAGCGAGACACAUUGACGAUGAAGACCUCGAUCGGAUGCUGAGGGAGCAAGAGAGGGAUGGAGACCCAAUGGCUGCCAUGCUUCGCAAAAAGAAAGAAAAAAAUGCUCAAUUAAAAGGAAUCAAAGAAAAACCUCGUUACAAAGGUCCACCUCCACCUCCGAAUCGUUUUAACAUUAUGCCAGGGUAUCGCUGGGAUGGAGUUGACAGGUCCAAUGGUUUUGAGCAGAAGCGGUACAGCAGGAUAGCCGAUAAGAAAGCUGUCCAAGAAAUGGCGUACAAGUGGAGUGUGGAAGACAUGUAAAUCCAGAUGAGUGUAUAGAGAUUCAUGAUUUAAAAACUGAAAUGACUGGCAUAGUACAGUUCCCACUGCACCUGCACACACUGCAAAGUGGAACUUCUUUGUGUGCCAUCAAGAAUCGGGGCGUUUCAUCAAAAAGCAAGAUGUUUGUGUGCAGUUAUUGGUCCACUGUGUACAAGAAACAUACUUUCUUUAUUAAAUGCUACUUUUUUAACAAAUCU